UAUUUUAUUUAUCAUUAUGCAAGUUGAACAAAAGCCUGUGAAAAGACAAAGCCUGUAUACUUGUAUACGUUAUGCUUCCAAAUUGAUAAAGAUGCGUACUGACAUUCGUAAGCAUCGAACAUUACCCAAUGAUUACUGCGACCUACUUUACACCAAAGAUGAAAAGAGUUCACCUGCUUGUUUUUAUCGCCCAGAACUUUCUUUACCUCCUAAAAUCACGUUUCUCUCUGCUGGUCAUGAAGAGUUUGACGAAAAACAGGAAUUAAAGCAGGCUAUCAAUCAAGACUUGUUUGAUGAAGAAGACGAAGACAAGGAAUCAAGUGAAGUAGAUUAUGAUAGUGAAGAAGCCGAAAUUGAUCGCUAUUAUACAGAUGAAUAUGACUUGACAUUACAAAAGCUUACAGGCAAAGUCGAUAAUGCUACAAAGAGAAAUACAGCUGUUCGUAUCAAAAUGUCGCCAAAUGCUUUAGCCGCUGCAAAUGCUGCUCGUCAAAGAAGACAAAAAACAAAAACCGCUCAUUAAUUUACUGUACACCACUAGAACUAUAUUUUUUUCUCUUAUACUUAUGCAUUUACUUAUACAUAUACCAUUGCUUAAUAAUUCAUCAUAAUAAAUAUGACAACAG